AUGGGACAGGAGAAGGCAGUUAGCAGCAGUGUAGUCAAUGGCCUGGAGGUCAGCACUAAAAACAUCCUGCAGGACCUGUGCAAACAAAACCAUGCCUGGGAUAAAGACCUACCAGAGCACCAUGUGCAGAUGUGGCAGGAGUGGCUGACUGGACUGAGACACAUUGGAGAGCUUGCAGUCACCAGGUGCAUGAAGCCUGCGCAGUUUGAUGAGAGCGGGGCAGGUGAUGCUGCUGCUGGCGACAACAAGGAUUACUUGGCGCUCAUCAAAGCUGGUAUUUUGGGGACUAUUUUCGCGCUGGCGUGCUUUGGGAAUUUCUCUCUGCUGUACGCGCUCUGGAGGAAGCGCAAGAGGAACUCCAGAACGCAGCUGUUCCUGUUCCACUUGUGUCUCGCGGACCUGGUGGUCGCGUUCUUCCAAGUGCUCCCGCAGCUCUCCAUGGAGAUUACGCGCGAUUUCCGAGGCUCGGACCCGCUCUGCCGAACCGUGAAGUACCUGCAGGUGGUGGGGAUGUUCGCCUCCACCUACAUGAUCGUUGCCAUGACGAUAGACCGGUACCACGCGGUGUGCCGGCCCAUGGUGUCUUUCUUCAAGAGCUCGCUGCGGCGAUACCUGGCCAUCGGGGCGGCCUGGCUGGUCUCGCUCCUCUUCAGCACGCCACAACUCUUCAUCUUCUCACUCCAGAGGGUGGACGCGGACGGAGACAGGGGAUCUCAUUUAUUGAUUGAUCUACUUUAUUAA